AUGGGAGCAGGCGCGACGGGCCCGGGAGGACGUCGAGCUUUAGAGCUGAUACUGAGCGGCGGUCUCAAGUCGUUGAGGCCGCCUAAACCGGUCCGGAGAGCAGCCUCUAGGGAUUCGGUGCUCUCACAACCACAGCCCUUGUUAGAAGGUCUGAGGAAAUGCUCGACAGUGCUAGCACUGACUGAACGCGAGAAAGCACCAGAACCUAUCAGGGCUCACAAUCGACUGAGGGCGCCCUCUGUCUGCUCCCGGUGCUCAUCUUUGCUUUCGCUCGCCGGCAAUGGAUCCAGAUACUCCCUGGAUGGGGCGGGUGGGUUCAUGCCUGCCGUGGCGAUCAACUGCAAGCUUUGCCUCGAGGAUGCGGCCGCUGAUGACGUCACCGUCAUCUCCGGAUGCGGCUGCAAUUUCUGCACGAAGUGUAUGAAGGCGUACGUAGAAUUCGAAGUAUGCAAUGGAGCGUACGAGGUGUCCUGUCCCGACGCACGGUGCCGUGUCGGCGCCGCACUGUCCCUCGACGAGAUAUCGGCACUGGUGGAGUCAGCUGUAAUGGAAAAGCAUCUCAAGUUCCGACUGAAUCAUGAAGUGGCAAUGGAUUCGGGCCGUGCGUUCUGCCCGCGCGUCGGAUGCGACACGGUGGUGUCUGUGCGUGCCGCCAGCCCAGCUCACUGCCUCACUUGCCGGCAUGAGUUCUGCACGCAGUGUAAUCAGGAGUGGCAUAGCGGGCAGUCUUGUGAAGCGGCGGCAGCGUCUUCAUCGGCGGGCGCGAGCGCACCACUGCUGCCGGACUCGGAACUGAUCAAGCUGUGUCCGAUGUGCCGCGUGCCCAUAGAAAAGGACGAGGGUUGCGCGCAGAUGAUGUGCAAACGUUGCAAGCACGUGUUCUGCUGGUACUGCCUCGCAUCGCUCGACGACGACUUUCUGCUCCGCCAUUACGACAAAGGACCGUGCAAGAACAAGCUGGGCCACUCCCGCGCAUCAGUCCUGUGGCACCGUGCGCAGGUGGUCGGCAUAUUCGCGGGAUUCGGUCUAUUACUGCUGGUGGCGAGCCCUCUUCUUCUACUCGCUGCGCCCUGCAUCGUGUGUUGCAAGUGUAGACUUUGUAACCCGAGUACGAAGAACCUAGAGGAGGUGGACGAAAUUGAGAGCAUCAGUCCUGGACGAGAAGACGAAGACAGAACCCGCUACCUCUCCGACUGA